AUGAAAAGAGGAAGACCGACAAAUCUGGUAGAACCAGACAGUGAGAUUGAUAGGAUUUUCCGCCAGAGGUUGAGAGAAGAAGCAGAAAGUUCAGGGCAGCAGGAAGUACAGAUUGAACAGAGUGAACCAUCAGUUAUGGCUGAACCUAGGAGAACCUUGUCUAACUAUGAGAGCCCGCAAUUCACCGGUGAUGCGUUUAGCGUACAAGCCCCUACAGUUCCAGCAAACAAUUUUGAGAUUAAGGCAAGUACAAUUGGGAUGAUCGGUUUAGCCGAUGAGGACCCUCAUGCACACUUGUCCCGUUUCCUUCAAAUCUGUUCAACUUUCAAGAUUAACUCUGUCUCAGAUGACGCGAUUAGGUUGAGAUUAUUUCUGUUCAGUUUACGGGGUGCAGCAUACCGUUGGCUCAUUUCACUGGCCCCCGGGUCCAUCACAACUUGGAAGGAUAUGGUUAAGAAAUUCCUCGCUAGAUAUUUCCCACCGAGCAAGGCAGCCCGAUUGAGACAAGAAAUAUCUUCUUUCCAACAAGGUUACUCAGAAACUUUGUUUGAAGCUCAUGAGAGGUUUAAGGAUCUCUUGAGACAAUGCCCGCACCAUGGUUUUGCGUCUUGGAUGAGAGUUCAGAUAUUAUUUAAUGGGCUAAGCUAUCAAACCCGACAACUCAUUGAUACCGCGGCAGGGAGUUCAUUGAGCAGUAAAUAUCCUGAGGAUGCAGAGCAGUUGAUUGAAAGCAUGGCUAGCAAUGAAUCUCACUGGAGCACUCGAGGAAGACCACAGAAAAUAGCGGGGAUUUAUGAGGUAAAUGAUACCACCACCUUGGCCGCGAAGGUAGAAGCACUAACUAAGAGGUUUGAUCAGUUUACGAUGGGCUCAAGCUCAAAUAAUGGAGCAGUCCUGUCUUGUGGUACUUGUGGGGCUGCACAUUCAACUGUACAAUGCCAUAUCUCUAUUUCCUCCACAGGGCCUGUUGAGACAGUGGAUUAUGUUGGCGGUGGUCAGAGGGGCCAAGGAAACGCAUACGGUCCCACAUUUAAUUCAGGGUGGAGGAAUCACCCCAAUUUUUCAUGA